AUGGAGACUAUGGAAAUUGAAUCAGGUACAGAUUCUUCGGAUUCUUCUGUUCCAUUAUUGAAUGAAACUUCCGAAAUGGAAUUUGAAAUUAAUAACAAGUCAGCGUUAAGAAAAAAUUACGAUCAAAUAAAACUUGAUGUACCUUGGGUCGAGACCCAAUCAAUUGUUUCUUCGGAACCUUCCAUGAUCGAUGAUAUUAAUAAUGACGUGGAACGCGAAUUGACAUUUUAUAAACAAGCACUCGAAGCAACGAUAGAAGGACGAAAGAAACUGAUGACCUCCGGAAUUCCAUUUUCUCGACCGGAUGAUUAUUUCGCGGAAAUGGUUAAAUCCGAUGAACAUAUGUCAAGGAUAAGGAGAAAAUUAAUUGAUGAGGAACAAGGAAUUAAAGCGAGUGAAGAAGCCAGGCGUCAAAGGGAAUUAAAAAAAUUUGAGCGAAAAGGUGUAGAAGAUACUGCUGUGGAUGAUGAUUUUGAAAUUGCAUUGGAUGAAGCAGCUGCUGAAGAUAAUAAUAAUAGACCAAAGAAACUACAAAAAACUGGGCGCAAUAAAAAACGUGUCAUGAAGAAACGAUUUGCCAAAUCAAAUACUGCGGAAUCUUCUGGUAACAUUCCUAUAUUCGAUACAAAAAAUAUUAAGAAAGGUUUGAAGAAUUCAAAUGAUUCAAAUUCAAAUCCAAGAUUAUCCAAAAAAAAAAUUAUAAAGAGUCGACCCGGUAAAGCUAGACGUCAAAAGGAAAGAAAAAAUAAAAAAUAG